GGCCCACCUUGCGCGUCUCUCCGUCCUCCCGUCGCGUCACCCCCCCCCCCCGCCGUUGGCACCCGCGCCGGCGCCGCCCCGCACGCGACGCGGAGAUGCAGGAUAGAAUGAGGCGACAGGGUCAAUAUGGUGAAGCCGACAUCAGCUCCAUGGUGGCUGCCCAGCUGCAUCACUACCAAGCACAGCAAAGGGUGCAACAACACCCUGACAAUAGCUACCCUGGAAGAGAUCCUGCGCAAGCUGCUGGGGAGCAUCAGUAUGCCGCCCCAAAGGUGAGACAGAGUCAAUGGGAUCGAGGUGGGCCAAACAUCCGAAGCCAGGUUCCAUCACAUGCAUAUAAUAAAGGACAAGGUGCUGAGGGUGCACAAUCCUUUUACGAUGGACAAAGAUCUGAUCUAAAGGUUGGUCUAGAAAAGCAGCCCAUCAAGGAAACAAGGGACCAGCCUUGUACUGAUAGGACUGAAGCAAGAUACGAGGACUAUAAUCUUCCUCGGACAUUUGAAGGUCUUCAGCAAAGUUUUCAUGAAGACAUUAUGAUGCUAUCCAAGGAACUACAGGAUGCGGAGGAUGCUGAAAAUUCAAGACACAGAGAGAGAUUGAAGGAGAUAAAUGCACAGUACCAGGAGAAACUAAUAGCACUUCGAGCUCGCCAAGCAACCUAUAAAGAAGAAUUCCUGCGUAAGGAAUCUCUGGCACGCCAGCAGCAAUACCAGCAGGCCAGCAUGAGCAAUUAUGCAAAUAAUUCCGUGCCCGGAGAGCUGCAUGGUUAUCAUCCAACAGCAGCAGUCACACCUGCUGUUGCUGAUGGAGGUCCUUAUGGAGAGGCUCAUCGGAGUUAUGCUUCUGCCGAGUCUGGCCAGAAUGUAUCCUUCGGGGAGCGUUCAGAUUACCCAGAUUUUCAUGGAGGGGGCAGAGGGCGUGGUCGUGGUUUCGAGCACCAUGGCCAAUAUCCCGGCGGUCGUGCUUAUAAUUCUGGUGGCCGGCGAUUCUAAAGAUGCUUAGUUCGAACAACCAGUUGUUUCGGCCUCAUCUCAGCUGAUCUCAGCUUUGUGUGCUGUACUCGACGCAGAUUGCUUUAGAAGCUUGCUUGCAAUUUCCUGGAGACCUAAAACCGUGUAGUACUUGUUCUGCGGUUCAAUGUCACUGGUAUGCAGGCAUCGAACAA